GGCAGCUUUGCCACGCGGGCUCGGGAACCCGUUGAUCGAUUGAUCAAUCACCGGGUACAUCUCUCCGACUUUACCUCCGACGUCAGUUCCGACGUCUUGCCCGCAAAUUCCCUGGCGCCUGUUAGAAGCCAGCCACGUAUAACUAGUGCCAAGGCUGUUAAAGACUCAAUUGCAGACAAUAGCCAUGCGCGCGCAAUGAGCACGCCUGCGCGAGCGCAUCAUGACCUGUCGGCCACGUCCACGACGCUCUCGAUUCAAGUUUCAACUGCUCUUCUAACAUCAUGCUCUCUUUCGCCGUCGCCGUUCUCGCUCUCGCCAGCGCUGUCAUUGCUGCUCCCACUGAUGAGACGCAUGCCAUUAUUCUCAACAACAACUGUGGGACCGGAACUGCUCUCUGGAACCAAGCCAGCAGUGAUUCCCCCCAGUCCUCCACCACCGCGCACGCCGCUGUCACUGGUGGUGAGGCGUGGCUGAACGACGGCAACUGCGGCAUCCACGGCGAGAACUGCGCCGCUGUCGAGUUCACCCUUGACAACGGCAGCGUGACGAUCGCCGACAUCAGCCUCGCGGGUUCUCAUGCCAACUACACCCAUCCCAUUAGCUUCAAAUUCAGCCAGCCCUGCACCCAGACGCUGAGCUGUUCGUCUGCUGACUGCAAGGACGCCAUUCACGAUCCUACGGCCAACGGUCCCUACGCGACUUGUGACCAAGCCAAUGCUGGGAUCGAGAUCACCUUCUGCUGAACGCGGAAGCAUGAAUAGAGAUUAGUGUACAGGAUCCUCAUAUGUUCUGAUAUGGUCCUGGACCGUUCUACACGCAC